CACAGGGCUCCCUGCACGGUCAGGUCUCCGCCUCUGCACCCUCCCCUUAUAUCAUCCCUGCCCUGAGGCAUCCAGAGCAGCAGCAGUGAGCAGCCAGCAGCAGCAGAGCACAGCUAGCAGCCAGCACUUCAGCCUGACUCUGAGCUUUGGGAUCAUACCCGGGAUCCACAGCAGAGAGUUAAAAGAAAAAUGAUGAAAAUGUUACCCUUUCUCCAAAGUGGUCCUAUUGGAAUACGCAAAGAAUCAAAGGAUUGCAUUGAGGAAAACAGUCAGCUUGGAAACCCUUCCACAUCAGUAGCUGGGCAAGUUCCAGUUUGUCCUGAGCUUUCUGAAAACUGGUCCAAGAACCAUGUAAAAACAAGUGAAAAGCAAGAUGUGGCCUGCAGACACUCACGUACAUCUUCCAUCACGAGCAAUGGGAGCUGUGUCUCUGCUGCGGAGAGUCCUGAAAAGGGGAAGAAAGGACUGAUAAAAAUCCUUAAGAGUGCACUUAAGAAGAAGAAAGAUUCCAAAUUGCUCGGUGUCAGACAAAUCAUGGAUCUCAUUGAAGAGAACAAGUUUUCUGAUGCUUCUCAACACUUGAUUGUCCUGGAGAAGAGCCUUUCUAUCAAAGGUGAAGAGGAACUGAAAAUCAGCCAGCAAGAUAUUGAGUCCCUCUAUGAAAUUCUGAAGAAUAAAGUCUUUGACAUCUUAAAAGAUUCUGUACUUUUAGCAGCAGCAAAACCGGAUUUAUUGCAGCAAGCAGUAGAUGCACUAAAAGAACAAGAGAAAGAAGAUCAGAGUUAUUUGUCAGAGAAUCCACCUGACCAAAACAUGCAAUCUAGACCUAGAAAAUGGAAAGAGCUUUGGAUGGCUACAGUAAAGGAGUCUGUAGAGACUCAGAUGAAAGACACACGUCGUACUCCAACAACUGAGAACCUUUCUACAGCUGGCCAAAAUCUCCUGCACAUGGGGAGGACGAUGAAAGAAGAUUUGACAGUAGUAGUGAAGCACAUUAAACAGCUUUAUCCUCCUGAGUUUUGUGUGUGCAGCACAUAUGCAGAACUCUACCACAAUUAUUUUGCCUCCCAGCUGAAGAAAACUGCUGAAUCUCAGCUGGAAGACAAGGAUAUUUACCUUCUUCUCUCAUGGGUGCACAACAUUUAUCCAAAUGACAUAAGAAAAGAUCACGUUUUAGCAGAGGAGUUGGAAAAAAUUAAGCUUGGAAGCCUUUUGCCAUCAACUCUGAUCAAAGAGCUUGAAAAGAAAUACCUUGACAGUGAAGAGGCUACUGUCAAAAAUUGUCUGAGUAGAUGUUUAGAAACGGAAAUCCUAGGAUGGAAAAAAGAUCAAGAACCUGAGAAACUAGAUGGACAUUUUCACAGUGAAUUAGCAAUACUUGCCAUCCAGAAUAUCUACGGAGGCCAGAAGCGAGCUGAUGCCCUCAGUGCUGAGUUGGGCAAAGAGAUAUCACCUUGCCUGUCGAGGGAGUUAGCCGCCUUUCUGAAAAGCUACAAGGAUGCUUUUGAGGACUUUAAAGAGAAGAACAAGAAGCAGAGGUUCUACAAGCCUAUACUGAUCGCAAAUAUUAACAACUGCCAAAAUUUUAGAGACUAUGCAGAGAAAAACAUAGCUGAAAAGGAAGAUGAUAAAGCCAGUAUUCUCAGUACGCUUAGUGACAUUGAAAACAGUGGCUUCGAUGUACUGCUCCAACAGCUGUUUCCACAGCUGAAGCCAAUUUAUAAGAAGUUUACAGAAAAUAAAUGGGAUUCCAGUGAUGAAAUUAUGAAUGAGAUCAUUAAAACCACCAGAAAAUAUAUUUCAGACUUCCAGACCCUAACUGACCCUUUUUACAAGGCUAUCGUAGAAAAGAUCCACGUCCAUUUGGUUAAAGAGUACAUUGUGAGGCUGCUGAAGAGGAGAGUCAGCCUGAAAAGUCCAGUGCAACAGCAAAACCUGGCACAAAGUAUCUCAAAGAAUGCUGCUGCCCUGGAAGCUUUCUUCACCAGCCAUGGGUCUCAAGCCACGUGGUUGAAUUCUGCACUCCCAAAACUCGCUGAAAUAAUCCGACUUCAGGAUUCAGGUGCUAUUAAAAUUGAAGUUGCAACACUUGCCACAGCAUACCCAGACAUUCGCAAAAAGCACCUUGAAGCUUUCCUGUACAUCAAGGCGAAUUUGACACGUGGCGAACUGAAAAGCAUCCUGAGCUACUUGGCAGACGGUGCAGCAUGCACACCUCCAGGCACUCCAUUGUUCUCAAAUAUAAACGUGUCCUAGGCCAAAGCCAGCCCUUGACAUCCUUACUGUACUGGACGGUAGCUAAGCUAGUGAAAGCCCCCAGGGGCAGGGAUGGAGACAAUCCGUUGGAGCAAUGCUAUGCAUAGCGUACACUGCCAUAUUUUCCUACGGAAAGUAUUUUGUUCUGACUUGGUGCUCAGCAUCUCUAUGGAAAGCAUCAUCGUCCAUGCAUAACUGUGAGAAGGCAAGAUUCAGCCAUGAGAACAUAACCUGGUGCCCCAAGGCCAAAGAUUGCUCCCUGCACUGGCCACAGACUCCCUCCAAGGUCUCGGGAAUGUACUGCCACUUUCUCCAUCUGGAAAUUAGCAUUGUACCCUACCACCUGACUACCUCACUGAGGCGUUGCAAAGACUGUUUUGCCAACUCCCCAGUUAGCCUAGUCCUAGGUGGCAUCUCCUACAUAGCUUAGUCUCUCUUAAAAAGAAGGUUCUUUCCUGGGAAGGAAAAAAAUUGAAGACAAAAUACAGAGAUGAAGUCCCAGCAGAACAAGAGAGGACCUGUAGCUCAGCCUUGGACUCCUAUAGUCCUGCUGCACACCAGUAGCUCCAAAGAUUUGGGUUUGGCCAUGGUCCUGGCUUCAUGACCACCACACACAGGGGCAUUGCCCAGAGACUUCUGCGGGGGGGUGGUUACCUGGUACCAUUAAAAUGUUUUGAGCUCUCUACAUGCACCACCGUUUCCUCAGUUGCUCUUUCUCCUGUUGCUGUGAGGUGGAUUAGGUGUGAAAACAAGAAUAUGUGUCUGUUUUCAAACUACAUGUUGUUUUUACAGUUCAACCUUUUAGGAAGGGAAUUACCUGCCAAAACAAGAUUGUAUUUAGCUGAAGACUUUUCCUUCUAUUUUUUCUUCCUUUUAGACUGACUUUCUAUAGACUGAUACAGAAGCUGAAAUAAAGAUGCAUAAUGACUGUGCAAACCAUGUAAUGGUAUAUGCAUAUGCCAACCAUACCAGUUUUAGUGUGCCUUGUAUAUAUCACACUGAAUUUCUAUUUCUAACUUUUGGCUGUAUAUCCAUAGAUAGGUAUGUAUCAUUGGUGUAUUUUUGCAUCCAAUUUCAUUUUCUCUCAGUAAGAGAUCUUCAUUUACAAUGUUUAUAUUUAAACAGUAUUCAAAUCUGCUAGAAGAGUGACUCAUUUAUUACGUCUCUGGCUGUUGUUUACUCUAUUGCCGUAUGUAAUCCUAUGUAUCCCCUCAAAGAGCCAGUUCUUCCACAACUUCCAGUCUGUUCUGUGGCAGCCUGGUGAAUGUCACCCUCUUGCACCCAGUGUGCAGAGGGUAUUGUUGGUAAAGCAGUAUCACACUCUGUCAUUGUACUGCAUAUUGGGCCCAAAGCCUGGCUUUCCACGCUCUUUGGAGCAAGAACCGUCAUAUUCACAGUGUUUGUGGUAUCCGGUACAGUGAGGCCCAAGGUACCAGCCUCUAGGCACUACCACAGAAUCAAUGUUGAAUAAUAAAAUAUUGGAUAAUAAAAUA